AUGACAGCACAUUUUGUAGAUCAAAACUGGAACUUGCAAAGCAGAAUUAUGAGGUUUAUUUACGUGCCUUGUCCGCAUACAUCUGAUGUUCUUGCCGACAUACUUUAUACUACUUUGUGUGAUUGGAAUCUUGAUAGGAAAGUGUCAACUCUUACUGUGGAUAAUUGCACCACAAAUGAUGCAAUUAUCAGGAUAUUAUUAGAGAAACUUCCUCUAAAAUCACUAAUGAUGAAUGGUGAUUUGUUUCAUAUGCGUUGCUGCGCACAUAUUCUCAAUCUUAUUGUCCAAGAUGGCUUAUCUCUCAUUAAAUUUGAGAUUGAGAGAAUCAGAGAGAGUGUUGCAUUUUGGUCUGCAUCACCAAAGAGGGAGCAAAAUUUUGUGACAGCAGCAGAACAGUUGGGAAUACCAUACUCAAAGAAGUUGAUACUUGACUGCAAGACACGGUGGAACUCUACAUUCUUGAUGUUGAGUGUUGCUAUAAGCUACAAAGAGGUUUUCGAUCGGGUAAAGACAAGAGACUCGAAGUAUACAUGUUUUCCUACAGAAAAGGAUUGGGAGUUGGCUAGUGAGAUUUGUGAAAGAUUACAACUUUUUUAUGAGGUGACUGUUAUGUUCUCUGGUUCAAAGUAUCCUACAGCUAAUGUUUUCUUUCCUUUGAUAUGUGAGAUUGGGUAUUCUUUGCGUGAGUGGACGAAAUCUCCUAUUGAGGAGAUUAAGAUGAUGGCUGACCAAAAGGUUUCUAAGUUCAAUAAGUAUUGGUCUGUAAUUCAUGGGGUAAUGGGAAUGGCAGCGGUUUUAGAUCCACGAUACAAAUUAAAGUUUGUGGAGUUACUUUUUCCUGUACUUUAUGGAGAAGAAAAGGCAAAGAUUGAAUUUCAAAAUUUGGAGGCGUUUGUCCAAACUUUGUUUCAAGAGUACGUGUCAAGUAAUGCAUCUAAAAAAAGGAAGAGUGAAGGUAUUAUAUUCUUCUUAUUGUUUGUUUUUAUGGUGGUUCAGUUCCUGGUUCAUCUUCAUUUGGUUCUAGUAUCUCUUCCGGUCAUCGUGUUGGAUUCAAAAAGCUCUUAUCAGAUAUUGCUUCUAUUACUAGAGAUGAUGAUGAAUCAGGAGGUAUGA